UAUAGACUGGACAUGAUAGAUGUAAUGCAGGUUUGUGACAAAUGUGUUGAUGGCUUCGAUCAUCACUGCAUGUAUCUGUAUGGGAGAGAUUUGCUUCUUGCAUCAGAGUUCAAUAUCAUGAAUGAUUAUAUGCCAUCAGGUUUGUCAAUUCAAGAGUUCAAUAUCAUGUUGUUUAUCUAUUGAUCGUUUGGCUUGAAACAUCAGAUUGCUUGAUGGGUUUUGAUUUUUAAGCUUUUUCUGAAAAAUUUUCAACUGACAAUCAUGUGAGUUGUAAAAUCUUAUGAUCAGUUUCAGUGUCCUACCUUCAUCACUCUUUUUUGGAUAAUAUCAUUAUCUGGAGGGUUAGCCAUUCCUUCUGAGUUGGAUUUGGACUUUGGUGUGCUGUUAUUAUGGUUUUUUUAUCUUUAUUAAUAGCUGUUGUUUCUAUGAUCUUUAAUAAAUUUGCAGAUUAUUGAAUCUCUGAUAAAUGGGGUGGAUUUAUCUGAAGAGGAGGCAGAAGCUUCUCUUGAUUUUUUUACUAAGUGAAGCUAAUGAAGUUUUGAUCAGUGCUUUUCUUGUUCUUUUGAGAGCCAAAGGAGAGUCAUUCGAAGAAGUGAGUGGUCAUAUGUAACAUUUUAUAAAAGAAAGUAAAAUAUGUGAUAUUUUUGAAUAUUAGAACACAAGCAUGAUUGAGAGAGAAGCUCCAUAAGCUUGAUUCAUAGACCGAAAUUGAUAAGCAUAUUACUCCUUUAUAGAUUUAUAGAUCUCUGCAUUUGCAAGUUGUGGGAUUGGCGAGGGCAAUGUUCAAAUGUUGUAGGAAGGUUGAAAGAAUGACUGAUGAGGUUGAUAUUGUUGGAACGGGAGGUGAUGGGACAAACACGAUUAACAUAUCAACAGGGGCUUGUAUUCUAGCUACUGCCUCUGGUGCAAAAAUUGCCAAGGAUUCCUCUGUGGGUGUCUAUCUUUAUUUGAAUAUGAACAAGAAGCUUUGUUGCAUAUGUAUGAGAUGCCUUCAGCAAGUGAAACAGGAGUACUACCUGGUGAAGAACAAGCUUGAAUCUUUAUUCGGGCAUCCUGAACAUAUUAAAAACUUGAUUUUGGUGGGUCCUGAUGGAUUUUCAUCAGAGUCAGAUGGUAAGUCAGAGUGGCUGACAACUGAAACUUUUACUUUCAUGAGUUCAGGUAAUCCUUCUUUUCGAUUUGCCAAAAAGGCACUCGAGGCUCAGCCGUGUUUCUUUCUUAUGGUGUGAUGCGAUGCCAUGAAAAUCCCCAUUGGAGUGAUUCCAUGUGAUUAUCCCUUUAAUAGAUCAUUAGUCUAGACAACUGAAACUUCUACUUUCAUGAUUUCACUGAAUUUGAAUUUGAUACCUUUUUGAUUUUGUACUUAUGGCAGUUCAUGUACACCACUAGUUCAUGUGUCCCAAAUGGCCAGGAAAUCAGGUAGCUCUGCUAGCCAUGUGGG